CUCCUAAAGGUAAUCUAUCUCUUCCCCUUUCUCCUCUCCCCCAAUUACGUUCCGAUCCUUUUUCUUGGAUCAAUUACAGAUACGUAUGGUUCCUUGUAACUGGGAGAACGGUAGGGACGCGAGCUUCUUUUGCGGCCUUGACUUUUGAGAAUGUCGUCUUCUUCGCCAGACGACUCGCAAUCGUCUGGUACUUCUAAUUCUCCACCACCUCCUUCCUCCUCGGAUUCCUCGCCGCCGCCCCCCUCUUCACCGCCUCCUCCAUCAUCAUCAUCGCCGCCUCCGCCAUCAAAUGACGCUAGUUCAUCACCACCACCUCCACCUCCGGAUGGUAGCUCAUCAUCAUCAUCACCUCCACCUCCGGACGGUGGUAGUUCAUCAUCACCCCCUCCACCAGACGGUAGUACCUCCCCUUCACCACCUCCACCGUCGCAGGAUGAUGGUUCAUCACCACCACCUCCGCCUUCGGACUCAACUGACAAUUCUUCUAACUCUCCUCCUCCUCCUCCUCCAGAUGAAAAUUCGUCUAAUUCGCCACCUUCAAAGAACAACAACAACGACGAUGAUGGCAACAACAAUAAAUCUCCAUCUCCGCACAGGUCGUCGAAUGGACAUUCAUCUGGACACAGCGCACCAGCACCACAUGCCCUAUCUCGAUCUGAAUCUUCUUCAAGGGGAACAGCAGGACGCGGAUUACCAGAUUCAUCGAGUGAUGGUUCCAGCAAUCAGACGGCUAUCAUAGUUGGAGCAGCUGUUGGUGCCGGAGUACUACUUCUCAUUAUGAUUAUCAUCUUGGUGGCUUGUACUCGGAGGAGGAAACGAAGAGACGACGACGACGACAUCAAAUACUACAGAGACAACUCUCGUGGAAAUGGAAAUAAUUACUUCGGUCAAAACUGGGCCAACAAUGGCCCCCCAAACGACCACAUGGUGAAGAUGCCGCCGCCGCCUCAGCCAGCCAGUGCGGCAGUGAGCUCGGAAUACGGAUGGAUGGCGGCUCCGCCUCCGCCACCUCCGAUGAUGAGCAGCAGCGAGAUGAGUUCCGCCGGCUUUUCGGGUCCACAUCAAGCCGCACUGCCACCUCCUCACCCUGCAGUGGCCCUGGGUUUCAACCAAAGCAGCUUCACUUAUGAAGGGUUAGCGGCGGCAACGUGUGGAUUCUCACAGGCAAAUCUGCUGGGGCAGGGGGGCUUUGGUUAUGUACACAAGGGAGUGCUGCCCAACGGGAAGGAAAUAGCUGUGAAGAGCCUGAAAAUGAAUAGCGGGCAGGGUGAGCGGGAGUUUCAGGCGGAGGUAGAUAUUAUCAGCCGAGUGCAUCACCGGCACCUGGUGUCCUUGGUCGGGCAUUGCAUUGCGGGAUCUCAAAGGCUGUUGGUUUACGAGUUUGUGCCCAAUGGCACUCUUGAAUAUCACCUUCAUGGAGCUGGUCGUCCUGUCAUGGAUUGGCCUACCAGACUUAGAAUUGCUCUUGGAUCUGCUAAAGGAUUCGCUUACCUUCAUGAGGACUGUCAUCCCCGCAUUAUCCAUCGAGAUAUUAAAGCUGCAAAUAUUUUGCUAGAUCAAAAUUUCGAUGCAAAGGUGGCUGAUUUUGGAUUGGCUAAACUUUCUUCAGACAACCACACCCAUGUUUCAACUCGUAUCAUGGGAACAUUUGGGUACUUGGCGCCUGAAUAUGCUUCCAGCGGCAAGCUCACUGAGAAGUCCGAUGUCUACUCAUACGGAAUCAUGCUUUUGGAACUCAUAACUGGACGUCGUCCUAUUGACCUCACCAACGAUGAUGAAGACAGUUUAGUUGAUUGGGCUAGGCCUAUUCUGAUUCAAGUUACUGACGGAGGAAGCUACCAUGCGUUGGUGGAUCCACGACUUGGGGACAACUAUGAUCCCCAGGAGAUGCUUCGCAUGGUGCAUUGUGCUGCUGCUUCUAUUAGGCAUUCCGCAAGGAGACGUCCUAAAAUGAGUCAGAUUGUACGUGCCCUCGAAGGUGAUGUUUCUCUGGAUGACUUUAUAAAUGUGGAAGGGAAGGGGGCACAAAGCGCGAUGUUAGGGUCGAGCAGUAGCUCCGACUACGACGUGAGAAGGGUUGGAAAGAACGGGGUGUUGUCGAGCCAAGAGUUCACGAGCAGCGAAGACGGAAAUUCACAAGAAAUACGGUCCAACCAAGGCGGGCGGAACCGUACCCCUUGAUUAUUGUCGGGAAAAAAUUAAUUUGUGUUUGUACACUACUAAGUAUGGUGAAAAAGUACACCAUAGGAGGAAAAAAAGGGCUUUCCAUCAUUGAAAUGUUUGGUAAGAGUAGAUGCAGGAUCCAUGAUGGUGAAGGCACGUAUGUACGUCACGCAAAUGUACUCAUGAUACUUCCGCAAAUUGUAGAGUCAAAGGUUUUUAAUACCUUGCCAUACAAUGUUGUUUGUAAUAUCUUCAUAACUUUGUAGCAUGUCUUGGUUACUGAUGAAUAUGUGGACUGUGAGAUUGUUGUAUUUGUUAUAUAUAUACUAAUGUGUGUAAAUGGA